UUUUCUGAUGAACGUGUGAGAUGGCUCAAAUGUGAUGUGUCCAAAGCCGCUGAUUUGAAAGCCACAGCUGCAAAAUGCAAAGAAUUCCAAGAUGUCAACGGCAUCAUUCACGCUGCUGGGGUGUUGGCUGAUAAGAUGUUGGCUGAGCAGACAGAGGAGAACAUCCGCAUGGCUUUUGGCCCCAAGGUCUUGGCUGCCUUGCUUUUGCCCAAGUUGCUGGAACCAACGGACUUUGUCGUCUUCUUUUCAUCGGUUGCUGCGGUGCUGGGAAGCCCUGGUCAGGUGCCUUAUUCGGCAGCAAACGCAGUCCUUGAUGGCUAUAGCGCAUUUGCCGUGCGCUCUCAAGGAUCCAGGAUGCUCAGCAUUCAAUGGGGCCCCUGGAAGGAAGCUGGCAUGGCAGCGAACGAGAAGGCUUUGAGGCGCGCAAGUGAUUUCGGCUUUGGCGCGUGGAGCAACGACCAAGGCUUUGCAAUUUUGGAAGAUCUUGUUCGGAUUGGUGCUGGAGGAGUCAUCUCUGCAGUUUCAGUAGCUUGGGAACGCUUCCAGUGGCCUAGCUAUUCCAGUUUGACCUCCAACUUUGUGCCGGCCAAGAGAUUUGUUCCCAAGUCAGAACUUGCCAGAUCAGAACCGUUCUCGCAAACGGCAGUGGUGACUACACUGAAGAACCUCACUGAAGCCAUGCUGGGGCAUGAAGUCAGCGCAGAAGAGCCUUUGAUGGAUGCUGGGAUGGAUUCACUCUUGGCAGUGGAGUUUGCCCGCCGCCUCAGCCGAGAAUUUGGGCAAGUGUUGCCAGUGACCAUUGUAUUUGAUUGCCCGACACUCGGUGCCAUUGCGGACAGGAUCAAAAGGGGCAUGACAACACAUGGUCUUGGAGAGACCACUUCGAAAGCAUUGCCCGUGGGGCUCACCAAUGGAAUGGCUCUUGUCUCAGCAAGCUCUUUGCUUCCGUUCUGUUUCGGCCUUGACAGUAUGCUUCAAGGGUUGGAUUGUGUGACAGGUGUACCAUUUGCCAGACUGGAUCUUGAUGCGUACUUUUCCCCGGAUAUCGAGGCUGAGGGCAUGACAUACACGAAGCAUGCAGCUUGUAUGGAUGGUGUUGAGUGGUUUGGCAACUUCUUCAACAUCAAUGCAACAGAGGCCAGGACUAUGGAUCCACAGCAACGCCUUCUCUUGGACACAGCUGUCUCGGCGAAUUGCGAAGCCUUGGACGGGUCUGAUGCUGCCGUUGUUGUGGGCAAAGCCAAUCAUGACUGGUCAUUCCAAGAUCACCUAGCUACAUCGUUCAUGGGCACUGCUGUAUCCCCUGCGAUCACUGCCAAUCGCCUUAGCUUCCUCCUCAACUUGAAGGGGCCUAGCAUGACGAUCGAUACAGCUUGCUCGUCCAGCCUUGUCGCGCUUGCUACAGCGAUGAGAUUGCCAAGCUCUCAAGCUUUGGUAGGUGGCACCCAUGUGAUCCUGAGCCCUGUGCCAUUCAUUGGAUCUUGCGCAGCAAAGAUGCUGUCCAAAGUUGGCCGCUGCCUGACCCUUGAUGCAUCCGCUGACGGAUAUUGCAGAGGUGAGGGCGUAGCAGCUCUGAUUUUGCAGCCCAGUGCAGAUGCCAAGGUCGCUGGAAUUCUGAGUGUGGCAACCAAUCAUGAUGGGCGAAGUGCCAGCCUCACCGCUCCAAAUGGGAAGGCGCAGGAGAACCUCUUUCGAACAAGUUUGGCCUUGGCUUCUUUGCAGACAGUGGAUGUUGUGGAGCUUCACGGUACUGGAACUAAGCUAGGUGAUCCUCUUGAAGCAGCUUCCACCAUGGCUGUUUUUGGCAAGUCAGGCAAGCCUGUUUGUGGAGCUGUGAAGUCAAACAUGGGUCACUUGGAAGGAUCAGCUGGUAUGGCUGGUCUCUUCAAGCUGAUUUGUACUCUUCGCAACAAAGCUGGGUCUCCGAAUUUGCAUCUGAAGUGUCUCAACCAACACAUCUCCAGCAACAUUAUUGUGAGCGAAGCCUGUGCCGAUCUCAGACAAAGCACGGCAACCUUGUCGGGGGCAGUGUCAUCUUUUGGUUUCGGUGGCAGCAAUGCCCAAGCGCUUUUGAUGCCUGGCACCAGAGGCAAGCCUUCGAGCAAACCCCAUGACUUGGGAGGCCAUUUCGCAUGGUCAAGCGCGGCUGCUUGGACCUAUGCCACGAGGUGGGAAAGAGUAGGGGCUAAGGUCACCAAUCAGAUCUCCUUGACAGGACCUGCGGGUCUUCAUUGCUUGGAGCCCGUUUUCAUAGAUACUAGUCAAGGAGCAAACAUGUUGGCAAUCUCCUGUUGGACAGCAAAGGCAGAAGAAGAGGAGAUAGAAAACUUGACGCUUCGAGCUAUCGAGAUGCUGCGGAUUUUGCAGCAAGCAGCGGCGAGCAAGGAAACUUGGUUUGUGGUGGUUGCUGGCAACGGGGCCUUCGCAGAGGCUUGCUUCAGUGCAGUGUCCAGCAUGCUUCGCAGCGCCUUGUGCGAGCAGCCAUUGGAUGUGCAGGUGGUCCAUGUCAAUGCCACUACAUGGGAAUCGGUGAGGUCCAUCCUGGCAGAGACGAAACUGCCACUGAUCUCUGAAGAUCCUGUUUGUCGUGUAGUGGAUGGUGUGCUGGAAGCACCGCGGCUGCAGAAGUGGAUUCCGGACAGCUCUGUGACAAGAGCUGCUAUUUGCACGGGGGGCCGAUAUGUAGUCACUGGCGGCAGCGGUGCUCUUGGUGAAAGCUGUGUGCAAUGGCUUUUGGGUCGAGGAGCUGGACAUGUGACGAUCUUGUCUCGAAGCGAGCCUGAGUUUUCUGAUGAACGUGUGAGAUGGCUCAAAUGUGAUGUGUCCAAAGCCGCUGAUUUGAAAGCCACAGCUGCAAAAUGCAAAGACUCCCAAGAUGUCAACGGCAUCGUUCACGCUGCUGGGGUGUUGGCUGAUAAGAUGUUGGCUGAGCAGACACAGCAGAACAUCCGCAUGGCUUUUGGCCCCAAGGUGUUGGCUGCCUUGCUGUUGCCCAAGUUGCUGGAACCAACAGACUUUGUCGUCUUCUUUUCAUCGGUUGCUGCGGUGCUGGGAAGCCCUGGUCAGGUGCCUUAUUCGGCAGCAAACGCAGCCCUUGAUGGCUAUUGCGCAUUUGCCGUGCGUUCUCAAGGUACCAGGAUGCUCAGCGUUCAAUGGGGCCCCUGGAAGGAAGCUGGCAUGGCAGCGAACGAGAAGGCUUUGAGGCGCGCAAGGGAUUUCGGCUUUGGCGCGUGGAGCAACGACCAAGGCGUUGCAAUUUUAGAACACCUUGUUCGGAGUGGUGCUGGAGGAGUCAUCUCUGCAGUUUCAGUAGCUUGGGAGCGCUUCCAGUGGCCUAGCCAUUCCAGUUUGACCUCCAACUUUGCGCCGGCCAAGAGAUUUGUUUCCAAGUCAGAACUUGCCAGAUCAGAACCGUUCCCGCAAUCGGCAGUGGUGACUACACUGAAGAACCUCACUGAAACCAUGCUGGGGCAUGAAGUCAGCGCAGAAGAGCCUUUGAUGGAUGCUGG